ACGUUUGGUUUGGUGGGUGCUAGUAGAAUGCUGCCUGCCUACAUUUAUAGUGCCAAAUGUAAAGUUUGGUGGAGGAGUAAUGGUCUGUUUUUCAUGAUUUGGGCUGAUUCAUGACUUGGGCUCUUCUUCUUUGUCCCAGUGAAAGAAAAUCUUAAUACGUAAUGCUAGGACAGUUUGGGGAAAGCUCUUUACUGUUUCAGCAUGACAGUGCCCCUGUGCACAAGUGAGGUCCAGUAUGACAUGGUUUGUUGUGGAAGACCCAAAGCAGUCUUCCACAAGAGGCUGCUGGGAAUUAGAGUCCAGUUACUGAGCAAAGAGUAUUUGAGUAUUCCAGAGUACCAUUCUGACAUCACAUGCGGUUUUCCCCCAGAGCACCCCUGAAUACUCCCCAUUCACGCCCCCGCUUUCCUGUUUCAGCAUGACUGUGCCCUCAUACACAAGUGAGGUCCAUACAGAAAUCCUGUGUGGCCUGCAGUCCUGACCUCAACCCUAACAGACACCUUUGGUAUGAGUUGGAAUGCCGGUUGUGAGCCAGGCUUUAUUGCCCAACAUCAGUACCUGACUGAUACCCUUGUGGCUAAGUGGAUGCCAGUUUCUGCAGCCAUGUCUCAAAAUCUAGUAGAAAGCCUUCCCAGCCUAGUAUUAUAGCCGUAAAAGGGGAAGUGACUUUGUAUUAACGCCCAUGGUUUUAAACUCAGAUGUUUACAUAUGGGUGUGAUGUUCAGUCUAAUCACUAAUAUGAAAAGGUUAUGUAGAAACCAGAGAAAAGUGAAAAAUGUUGUCAUGAGUGAAAAAUGCAGCCAUGCAAGAUAUGCUAUUAACAUGUUUAACUAAAUGCUUUUUAAGCAAAGUGUUUGUGUUUUGCACAAAAGCAAAGUGGCAGGAACCUUCAGCUUAGGUCAAACUCAUGACCUCCUGAGUCACUUCCAAGUUACUUCCCUUUCCAGCGUUAUUUAGACUAACAUGUUCCACAGUCCUCUGCUGUAGGAUGGUUAAUGGGUGCUAACAGGUUCCACAUUCUUCUGCUGUAGGACAGCUAGCAGAUGCUAACAAGUUCUGUACACCUCUUCUGUGGGUAGCUAACAAGUGCUAAAUGGUCUGGGCUUUUCUGCUGUAGGACAGCAAACAGAUGGUAAUAGGUUCCUCACUUUCCUGCUGUAGGAGAGCUAACAGAAGUUAAUGCUGCUCCUGCUGCACCUGACCUGGGUGCACUCUAGCGUCAGCGGCCCAAAUUAAGCUCUCCUCCCCUGGACACCUGGGUGAGGAGGUAGGGGUGGAUUACUGUGUGCGUGGGUGGGUGUAUGUGCAUGCUGUCAUGAAUGUGUUGUUAGUCGCUGUGUGCAGCUCUCAUUGGAUUUUCCUUGUGUGGGUGGGUGUGUGGCUGGAUUAGAGGCUUUAUUCCCUGUGUGGCUUGAGCUCAGUGCGCUGGGCUCAGAACAGAUAGCCGAGAGAAAGCGAAAGAAGGACACGGGUAGAGGGACAGCAGGAAUAUGAGAAAAUACAGCAAUGAAGGAUGGAUCCAAACUGGUUUGCUCGCAGUGAUCUGUAGGCUGGACGUUGUGUGGUUGUGCAUGUGCAUGCUUGUCUGAUCUUGUAAGAAUCAGAUUACAUGUUUGAUUGUUGUCUAUUGCAGGCCAUGUUUGAGCUAUGCUACACAGUUAGAGCUAAACGACCAAGUUUGUGAUGAUUUAAGUGAUUUGUUGAGGUUGUGUGUGGUCAUGCGGGACCCGUGCCGUGUGUGUGGCGUAUGUGUGCCAGGCGGGCAGUGCCGCUGGUUGUUUAGUACGUGUGGGCGCCUACGGCUAGCUGUGGUUCUGUCCCAUGUGCUGGGGAGCGAUCUCCAUCGCGAUGGCCGAGGUGAGUUCCUGUGCGGAAAGUGUGUGUUUUUGCUGGAGCGUGUGGUGCAAUGUGAUGUUGCCAUCGGCAACCUGCAGGACGCCUAUGCUGCGCAACUACAGAAGCUGCACAGUGAGAGGGAUGGACUGAGGGGGCUCAUAGCACACAAAUACCAGCAGAACAACCCACAGGAGCCCACCUGCUCUGGACAGAAGAACCAGAACCAGCAUGAACACAGUCAGUUUAAAAAAGAUGAGACCAGACCAGGCCAGGAAUAUGACAACCAACCCGCACAACUUGGGUCACACCAGCAUUGUGUUCAAGCACCACAGCAGCAAAGGCAUCAGCAAAACCAGCUUAAACGACAGCGAAACAAGACCAGACUUAUCGUGGAGCUGCCACAAAAGGAACAGCCAAAGCAGCAGCAGAGGCUGCAGGGCCGGAGGCGAAGUUCUGGAGUCCAUAAUGCCACUAGCAGAGGAAGUCCAGAAACUGGUCAGUUGAGGCGCUGUGUCAGUCUUGAGCCACUGAGUGGAGUCACAGCGGAACGCUCCUCCUCCUCCUGUUUUGGGUCAAGUCUAGCACCCAGAAAAGGCCGGGAGGCCGGGUUAAAAGCAGGACCAAGGCUGGGAACUGGAGUCCAGUUACGAAGUCGAGAGUAUUCGGAUCUUAUUCACAAAAGGGCCACUUUGACAUCUCGCUCGGUUUCCCUCCAGUCGCUCACACAAGAGCGCCCAGACUACGCCCCACUCACGCCCAGACAGACACGCCCACGCCGAGGUUCCUCCUCUGCUGCCUUGGAAACAACAUCGCUGCUGUCUGAUUUUCUGCAGCUGUUGCGGAGCGCUAGGGCUCGGCCCCUCCCACUAACUGUCGGCAGCAGGAUUCCUGUCCUAUCACAACCAAGUUGUGUGUUUGGACUUGCCCAGAUGGGCAUGGCUAGAAGGCUAAAGGCCGAGAGAGCUCUGAGAGAGCUGGAGGAGGAGUUUAAUGAUGAAUACUUACCUCUCAAACAAGAGGUACAUUCUUAGAAAACCUACUGUAUGUGUAAUAAAAGUGUUUGGGUUUACAUCUGUUUCACUUUUGUAUUCAUG